AUGGCUACAGACCAGGCAUUUUACGAUGAUCAUGGGCACCCCCAGGGCAGCCUGGGCUGGGACCUGUCACCGGCCGGACUGCCCCAUGGAAACCUCACUGAAGAACAGCACCGGGACUGUGAGAAGUGGCACUUGCUCUUCAGAGCCUUCCAACACCCAGAGGACGCGGACCCCCUCCAGAGCGUGCACACAAUGUCUGCGCUCCUCCAUCGCUGGCUGAGGCCGGAUGUGCUCACCAAGAAGCAGAUCUUGGAUAAGCUUCUGCUGGAGAAGUUCAUGACCUGCAUGCCCCUGGAGCUGCAGGUCUUGGUGAAGGAGAGGCGAGUGCAGAGCUGCGAGGAACUGAAGGUCUUGCUGAGAAAUAAGGAGAAACCCAGGAAAUGGAAGGUUGUCAUCUUCCAAGGGCAGAAGUAUCUUGAGGAGAAUUUUGAUGUCCAGAUGCCGGAUGAGGAAGUUGGUGACACAGACCAUGUGUUGGAAUUGUCCAUGAAGUACCAAUCCCCCAUUAGUAAGACGGGGGUACAUCCUGGGAAGAGCCAGGAUGUCAACGGAGAGCCAGGGAACCAGCCAGGAACCAGUGACGUGGUGUGGGGACAGGGGCAGAAAGUCUUCCUGCCAGAGAUGAUUCCCACGAAAAGUGAUCUGGAGGGUGUGAGACCCAUGGAGAAUUUGGUGAAUUUUGAGAAGGAUAUGAUGGAAGACAGAGAAGAGGCAGCAGUACUCACAUCUCCAGAGCCUCCACUUCCCAGCAGUCCUGGAGACUCGGUGAAGACAGAGGGGGAGCAGAACCCGCAGGAAGGAAUUGGUCUGGAGCGUGUGGAUGUCGGUGACGUACCUCCCACCCACGUUCUGGAGACACAGGCUUUGAGUCAGCGUCCAAAGAGAAGAGGUUCUGGGAAUUCAGGAGGUGCCACCAAGAGAAAAAAGGGCAACACUCCCACCCCCCAAGACGAGCCUCAAGAAGGAGCCGUGUUGUUGGACAGAGGAGAAGUCACCAGACAGCGCGGGUGCAAUUCAGUGGGUGCAUCAAGCAUCAUGGAGCCCACUGGUCACCCUGUUGGCAAAGAACCCGGGAGAAAGGUACCCUACGAGUGUCAAGACUGCAGCAAAAGGUUCAGCUACAGAUCUCAGUUAGACAUUCACCAGAGGACACACACAGGAGAGAGACCCUUCCAGUGCCUUGUGUGUCCCAAGGGGUUCAUUCAGGCCUCGGACCUCCACGUCCACCAGCGGAUCCACACGGGGGAGAAGCCGUUCUGCUGUAAAGUCUGCAAGAAGAGGUUCACCCACAAGUCCACGCUGCGUGGCCACCAGCGGGUCCACACCCAGGACAAGCCAUACGAGUGCGACGUCUGCCCCAAAAGUUUCAGCCACCUCGGGAACCUCAACGUUCACAUGUGCACCCACUCGGGCCUGAGACCCUACUCGUGUCCCCAUUGCCACCUGGCCUUCCGCCAACUGGGGACGUUUAAACGCCACCAAAGUGCACAUGUCAAGGAGGUGCCACAGGUCCCUUCUGACCAAGGAGGACAUUAACAGGUCUCUCUCCUGUGUGUGUCCCUCUGGUGAAGGUGUAACAGAUUGGUAACUGAAACUUUUGAUGCAAAAAUGGUCGAUGAGCACUUAGACAGACGGGGUUCUAUGAAUUAGAAUUGGGGUCCUUGAGUAAUUAUUCAUGUUUCCUAUUGGCCCCAUACUCUGUCAGUCUUGCUGUUUGUUUCAAUAAAUAUUUCAUGAUUCAAUGAUUAUC